ACGUGACCCUCUUGCUUCCCCUCACUCUCCGCAGCCGGUGACAACGGUCGGUCUUAUUGUUGUGAGCCAUUGCAGACUGCCCAUCCAUCACUAUGGCCAAGACUCGCGUACUUCUGCUAGGUAGUGGAGGCAUUGGCACCAUUGCUGCCCUCAAUCUGGAAUACGGUGGGCAAGCCGAAGUCACCGCCGUUCUUCGGUCCAAUUUCCAGACUGUCACCGAUCGGGGAUUCGAGAUCCUUUCCUGUGAUCAUGGCCACAUACGCAACUGGCGUCCAACCUCCGUCGUCAACGCGGUCCCCGUGAUCGGUUCCGGCGAUGUGGCGCCGUAUGACUACAUCGUCUGCACCACCAAGAACAUCCCCGAUAUCGGCCCCUCCAUCUGCGACAUCAUCACUCCGGCAGUAACACCCGCGCAGACCGUCAUCGUGCUCAUUCAGAACGGACUGAAUAUUGAAAAGCCGUUUGCCGAACGCUUUCCGGCGAACAUCAUCCUCUCGGGAAUCAGCCGCAACGAUGCGCACGAAAUCGCCCCGGGUCUGAUCGAACAGAUUGAUCAUGACAACCUGCAGAUCGGCGCCUUUUGUGGUCCUCCUGACCGGAUUGAUGCCCAAGAAAAUGCGGCGAUUCACUUCGUGGAAAUCUACAGCGCCGGAGGCAAGACCAACUGCUAUCACGAAUCGAACGUGCAGCGAGAGCGGUGGCGCAAGCUGGUCUACAACGCGGCCUUUAAUCCCAUUUCCGCGCUGACGGCACUGAGCACCGGUGACCUCCAGAUUGCUGGCAACGCACUGGAUACAUUGCUAAUUCCUGCGAUGACCGAGGUCCUGACGGUCGCACAUGCAGCCGGCAUUGACCUCCCUGAAGAGACCAUCGCCACAACACUCGCGAAGAACCCUCCAGAGAGGAAAAUCUUUCCCAGCAUGCAGAAGGAUAUAACAAAAGGCAACUUCCUGGAGCACGAAGUGAUCAUGGGCGAGGUGAUUCGCGAGGCACAGAGCAGGGGGAUCGCCACACCCAUCCUGUCCACCCUUUACCAGUUGUGUGCCUGUGUUCAGUGGAGAAUACAAGCCACCAAGCCAGCGACUAGGCAGAACUAGGAAUGUGGGCUCGAAGGAUUCGCAUGGAUGAUCGCAAUAAACCUACUCCCCGGUCGCAACGGGCCGCGUCCGCAGCUCCGUAGCCCAGACAGUCCAUUUUCCAUUCACGGACAUCAUACAACCAGUUCAUCUAUGGAUAUCGUUCCCAUGGCGGAUUAGGCCUUAUAUUAUGUCCAGCAUUUUCAGUAUUCGA